AUUUUAUUUAUUUAUGUUUAUAGAAUAAUUAACAUAAAAUAAUGUUAGUAAUGUUGUUUAAAAAUUUGAAAAAGACUUUUUAUACCGCUAAAAAUACAAUCUGCUGCGCAUUCUCGAAUAUAUCUUGACGAGCUGUUAAAGAGGUUACCUAACCUUAAAAACGUGCAUGUUCUGCUUGAUGUUUAUUAUUUUUCAUUCUCAAUUAUUCAUUGUUAAACAAUAACAUGAAUAUUCCUGAUAUUACUAGUGAGGAAGAAUUAUUAGAUAAUGACGACGACAAAGAUUUAGAUUUCGAAAUUCAAAAUUAUGUAAACGAAAUUAAUAAUGAAGACUCAGAUGAAUUUUCGGAUAGUAAUGAUAAAAAUAAAGAAAAUGAUAAUCAAGAUGAAAUAGAAGAGAACAAUUAUGGAGAAGAAGAAAAUGAAUACAUUGGUCCAGUUUUACCGGAUGGACAUAGGUUUGAUAGAAAAUUUACUUGUAUCAAAUAUCCAGGAAAUGUUGUUAAUCCAGACAAAGCUAUCAAAACGUUAGGUGGUAUCGAAGCAAUUUCUACGGCAGUAGAUACUCCCAACAGACGUCUUGAAUUAAGAUUUAGACCAAAUGAUGGAUACACUAAACCAGCGUGUGGUGAUAGACAUUCUAAAAUGGCAUUCUUACUGAGAGUUAGAGUUAAAAAACAUAGGAUUGAUAAAGUACAAGAAAAUGCUCAGAAAUCUAAAGAUAAUACAAAUGUAGAAAUUAUGAAAAAUGUAAUGAAAAAUAUGUCUUUGAGUAAUAAUAGUUCUAAAAGUAACGUCGAACAAAAUGACAUUCAAAAUGAGCAGCAAGAAGACUCAAAGAAAGAUAAUAUUGUAACAGAUUUAGUCAAACAAAUACAAAAUUGUAAUUUAUCGACAAUGACUGACAUUGAAAGUUCUAGCAAAGAAUCUUCUAAUAAAAUUUCUGAUAUUUUACCGGACGCGAACAAGAAUUUUUCGGAAGAGAAACAAAAUAUCAAACCAACUUUUGAUCGUAACAAAUAUGAAGAUCUUUCUCAAGAUGAACAAUACGAAUUACCAAAAUUAAAAAUAUUAGGAAGAAUCGAUACUGAAUUUCAAUUUAAUAAUUUGUGUGAUUUUCAAUAUUUGACAAUGACAGAAAAGAAAGAUAAUCCAAAAGCAUUGGAAUCUAUAUACGAUAAAAUACAUCCAACUGGUAUUCCACCUUAUUCUUGGUUAAAAAAUGAUGUACCUUAUUUCUUACCACCAGCUGCAUUCAGCAGAAUGGACAGUGUACAUCAAUACGUACCAAAAACUGAAACUAAUUCGUUAUCGGAAAAUGUCAUUGGAAAAAAUAAAAAACGUAGAGGAGGUUUUGUCAAUUUUAUUUGUUUCAAGACUCAAGGUGUUCCUACUAAACCACCCCAUGGUAUUGAGACUGCUAUGAGAGUGAAAUUUUUACAAAAUAUGCAUCUAGAUAAAAUUCGUCAAAUGUUCGAGGAAAGACCAAUUUGGUCAAAAAAUGCUAUAUUAUAUAACACAAAGUUCACAACGGAACAAUUAAAAAUAUUGUUACCCUCUGUUGCAUAUUACUUUAUAACAGGUCCUUGGAGAAUUAUGUGGAUUCGUCUAGGCUAUGAUCCUAGGAAAGAUAUUACAGCUAGAAAAUAUCAAACCUUAGAUUAUAGACUGAGAGCUAUGCGUGGAUUAGGUUCUACAAUAAAAUGUAAAAGAAAUUAUUCGGAAUAUACAUUACCGUACAAAUCUGCUCCAGCAGCUAAACCGAAGACUAGUAUACUUACACCGAAUAUAAGUAUGGAACCAAAUGAGACAAAGGAAACCGAAAUGAGUGAAAAUAUGUAUAUUUACAGAGAAGGCAUGGUUCCUCCUUCAAGACAAAUGUUUUAUCAGUAUUGUGAUAUUCUCGUGGACGAGGUACAAGAAAUGUUGGCAAAACUUCCUGAUCCUUUGCCUGGUACAAGAUGUCAUGAGAAAAGGGGCUGGUUACCAAGUGGUUUUGAUAGCCAAUGUAGAGAAAUAAUUAAUAGACAAAUUCGAAAUGUUUUGAGAAAACAAUUGAACAUACCAGAAGAUCAUCCUACGACACUUCCACGAAAACGAAAAUGGGGACCGGGUUGUAGAAUAAAUAGGAUUAAUUAUAAGAAAAAGAAAACAAAUGCAAAUGCCGAACCAUCUACUUCUGAAGCUCGUGUAAAAACUUUAUCAGAAUCGAGCGAAGGAAAAGAGACUGUUAUUAAUAAUGAAUAAAAUGUACAUUAUUUAGAUCAUUUUUCUUUUAUACUGAUAUUAUGUAUAUAU